UGACAGAUUCGCAAUUCAAUGCACUUAAAAUGGAAGUCGCAAUGUGGUAUGACAACCACAAAUGUCUUACUAUGUUGAAAGUGUUGUUCAGAGAUCAUGUGGUCAAUGAGAGACUAUCAAAAAUAGAUAAGACAUUGGACUUGCUGAAUGAUUUAGUUAAACAUGGUCAUUUGAAUUCCAAGAAUCUUACAAUUCUGCAUGAUACCAUCAGCACAACUGAACAUUUUGGUCUUCAACAUAAGAUUAAAGUAUUACUACCGUCAUUCCCGGAUGUUAAGGAAGGAAACAUUUCCAAACAAUUCAGUCAUCACAGACAAAAACUAAUGAAGUUUGGAAUGAACCUGACUCCAGACAAUGUAACAAAAAUUGAUGGAUUGCUGAACGUGCCCCGUAAGGAGUAUACCGAUGGCUGGAGUAUGAUCACUGAUCUAGAAGACAGACAGAUAAUCAGCGAAAAGAAUAUGAAAGAAUUCACUGAUUCAUUAAGAAGCCUUGAAAUCCAUCCAGCAUUGAAUGCACUACAAGAUGAGCUUGAAGGUAUUGAAACAAGCGAUAUUAAGGAGUAACUUGACACGACAUGGGAUUGCACAACAGAGCUUGAAUCACAUAACCACAACAUCCUAGAUGUUUCCAUGAAUAUGUUGACAACAUAGCAGGAAAAAAGAUUACAGUACUUGACUGAAAUUGCUGUAAUGUGUGAAAAGGUGGAAAAGGUCCAGUGGCAUUGCAGAGUCAUCUGAAAAAAUCCAGGUAGACUGCCUAACUUUGUGCAUGUCCACGACUACAGGAACACAAAGCUGGUGCAUUCCUCUGACAAUAGAAUGUAAACUAAAAAAUUUUAAAUAGAAUGGAAGAAAAUGAGAUUGAUGUUGCAUGCUGCUGGUGCUUCUUUAACUGGACUUUGAUAAAUAUAAGGCUCUAGGAUUUAUCAAUUAAGUGCAUAGUUCUACAGUACUUAUGAAUUUGAAUUUCUGCUGUAAAAUAUGAAUGCAUGUAUGUGUCGUUAUAUAUUUCUGUUUACGCAUAUCAGAUGUAAACAUUUUAGCAGUUUAGUUUACAGCUGGUUUAAGAGCGCUACAGUUUGGGUACCAGGAAUAGCCUGCGAUAAGUCUUAAUUAUCAAUCACAAAUUUACUAAUUAGUGUUUGGAUGCCAACUGUAAAAUGUAGCUUGCAGUGUCAUAAUUCAAACAAUUUGGACAGUAUUAUAUUUAUCAUAUAUAAAGUACUUAGCAUUGUU